AAGAUUUGCUUCUGCUGAAUCCGGAUGGCGACAAUAUAGAGAGACUUUUACCAUUAAUGUGCCUUCCCUUCAGCAUUUAACCUUUAGUACAGAUGUGAUAUCUAAUAAGCUGUUUGUUUGUGAUACAUUGUCAUUCUUUGAAAGAGUUGCAAGUGGGAAAUGACUAUGGUGAAGUACAUUUUAUUGGUGAUAUAAUGCCCGAGCUUGUGAAGGCAAAUUUUUGGAUUUGUGAUAGCAAUGUUUUCAAGUCUCUUACCUCUGUCAAACUUCUUCGUCUGACCUUUCCAGACUAUAAGGCCCCGUAUCAUUGUGGUACCAUUUUCUCUCAGCAGCUUGUGUGUUUGGAGUUCUGCGGACGAUGUUACAACUGGUGGAAUUUGCUUGUAAAUGUGCUCCAACAUUCCCCUAGACUACAGAUUCUCACGUUAGAAGAUUGUUAUAGUGAGAAUGUGUGGGGAGAUAGGGAAUUUUGGAUUCAGCCGAGUUGUGCUCCUGAAUGUUUGUACCAUCUCAAAACCUUUGAGUGGAUAAUGUAUCAAGGAAGUCCAAUACAAAAAGCCAGUUAUAUUCUGAAGAACGCAAGGCGAUUAGUUACUGCAACUGUCUCCCUUGACCCAAAAAUGGUAAGCGAACAGGCGUUUGAGGAAUUGGAAUAUGAAACCAGGGGUUCAAGAGCAUGUGAGCUUACAUUGUGCUCAACUGAGGAGUAACUGUUGAAUGUGUGGCCUUAUAUCAGAAGCCAUUAUAGCUUCUGAUCCUUAGCUUAUCUUCUUGUGGUUUGUGAUAUAUCAAGAACUAGUUGUUUUGUUAGGGAUCUUCUCUCUUAUUUGCUCGCCAUUAUAGCUUCUGAUCCUUGCUUAUAUCUCUGCAAUUCCCAAUUUCAACAAUCAUUAUUGUUUUGUUAAGUUA